AGGGAGGUUGGGGGUAACACAGAAGAGGGUAUUUUUUUAUGCCCCUGUAUUAAAUGAUAAUCUUCUUUCUGAUUGUUUAGAUUCCCCUCCGCCGCUCUGUUUUUGUUGCAGUUUGAAACGCCGUCGUUGUUUUUGUUGCUGUUGUGUUGUUGAUCGUUUUGUUGUUUUAAAUUGUUUUUUUUAAUUUCCACAAAAAUAAAAAAAAGGCUUUAAAUUGAAAAAGUUAAGCCCUCUUCGUUUUUAAAUAUUAGCCGUUGUUUAUUUUUUUUAAGCUGUAUUGCUAUGUUGUUGACAGACACCCAGGUCAGUUCGAGUGCUUGUACAUCAGUGUCAGACAGCGCGGAUGAGCCCGUCCGAGCCGCGGUCCCGCCGGCGGUGGAGCUGGGGCUGACGGUGGUCUACACCAGCCUCUACUCGCUGCUGUUUGUAUUUGUUUAUUUGCAGCUCUGGUUGAUACUGCAUUACGGCCACAGGCGCUUCAGUUUCCAGAGCGUAUUUCUGUUCCUUUGCCUGCUCUGGUCCGCGCUCAGGACUACACUUUUCUCCUUUUAUUUCAAAAACGUCGUCCAGGCGAACCAGCUGCAGCCCGUCCCUUUCUGGUUGUUGUACUGCUUUCCCGUCUGCUUGCAGUUCUUCACCUUGUGUCUGCUCAACCUUUAUUUUGCACAGGUCAUGUUUAAAGCCAAAGCUAAAUAUUCUCCAGAGCUCAACAAAUACAAGGUGCCGCUGCAGCUGGUCUUCCUGUUCAUGAGCCUCUUCUUCCUGGUGGUGAACGUGACGUGUGCCAUGCUGCUGCAGGGCAGCGUGCCGGACGGGGAGCUCAGGCACGCCGUCCUGGCCAGGGUGCUCAUCAAUGACAGCCUCUUCAUCCUCUGCGCUGUCUCACUCGCCGUCUGCAUCUUCAGGAUCGCCAAGAUGUCCUCUGCCAACGUCUACCUCGAGUCCAAAGGCACAUCUGUGUGUCAAGCCACUGCAACAGGGGCGGCAGUGAUCCUGCUCUACACCUCCAGAGCCUGCUAUAACCUGGUGGUGGUGGCUCUGUCUCCCGAGGACCGGCCCAGCUCCUUCAACUACGGCUGGUACAACAUCUCCGACCAGGCGGAUGUGGAGAAGAUCAGCGGGGAGGCCUACGUGGUGUUCGGGAUCAUCCUCUUCUUCUGGGAGCUCCUCCCUACCAGCCUGGUGGUGGUCUUCUUCAGAGUGCAGCGGCCCAAUCAGAACCUGACGUCCGGAGGAAUGAUAAACAGCCAUAGUUUCAGCUCCAGAGCGUAUUUUUUUGAUAACCCACGCCGCUACGACAGCGAUGACGACUUGUCUCGGAGCGUGGGAUCCCGGGGAGAGAGGAACAGUAUCCUGUCCUCCACGCCGCAGUCGGGAUCCGGCUGGUACGGAACGAUCCGGAGGAACGGCAGCUUCACUGUGGUGCCACACCUGCUGAACGGGCCCCCCGCCGCCACGGCCCCACUUCUACUGGCCUAUGGCAACGUGCAGAACAGCCACCACAACUACUACUCAACACCGCAGAACCUCUGCUCCACUCCGCAGAACCUCUGCUCCACUCCGCAGAACCACUGCUCCACUCCGCAGAUCUAGCAGCCCCAGCCUGCAGAGCCACACUUCACCCUGCAGAGCUCUGCAAACUAAACCAGCUCCCCGCUCUGCAGAAUGUGUCGUUCCGAGCCGCUCUGGUCCAGGGGUAGUUGAUUCAUUAAUAUGAAGAAAAUUCAUGCUUACAGCAAGGUCAGGGUCUGGAGCAAUAUUUUUGCAUGGACUGCUAUAACCAUAUCCACAAACACACACACACACACACACACACACAUAGCUACACAAAUGGUUAUAUUACACAUGUUGUUGCUGGUUUCAGAGUUCAUCACUAGGUUUAAAGAAUAAUUUUUUGGUUUAUUAGGAAUCUUUUUUUUAUUUUUUUUAGCAGAACUGCUUUAUAAUAGUCUGCCUUCCUUGCUGUCUUGUUACUGCAUGAGUCCAUUCAGAACAUAUGAACGGUCCGCCUAUUGACGACCCCUGCUCUGAUCCACUCAGCAAAGACUUGUGAUGCAGAGUCAACUGACUACACUCCUCAGAAAGUAGAUACUGCUAGGCUACCUUACUCAACUCUGCAAAACAGAAACUAUGUUUCAAUUCUGCUAAACCAUUCUUCUUCUCCUCCACUUUGCAAAACUGACUGCGCAACCCCACGGAGCUGAACUGGUACCCUUGCACUCCACCGAACCAUCCCUGGGCAUGGGGGUGGGAGAGAGCGGACUUCCUGUAGCGUUUUGGAAUGGUAGCUAUGCCUGGAACAGUUUACAAGAGAAGAGUUUGUACGCUGACUCAACUUCCUUGUAUCCAGGGAGUCGAGUGGAGAUGAGAAAUGAACGUUCCACUCUGAGACACCUGAAUUCUGUCGUUGCUGAAGAGGUGUUUUGUUUUUAAACCGAAGAGAAGUCAGAUCGCAGGUGUGGAGGUUUGUAGCUUUCUCUGCGGUCUGUCUGUCUGUGGUGUGUCUGCCUGCAGUGGCUGACCCCAGAGCUUCCUGUGUACCUUUACUGAAACAGUUACAAGCCGGGAUGUGAACUUGCACAUUCAGUCUACCACCCGUCCUUCUCAUGGCUUCCCUGUUGGGUUCUUCUACAUGUUUUGUAGGAAUGUUGUGUACAGUACAUAUAAAAACUUGCCAAUGUUGUCCUUGUGACCUGAGAAAUGCACAGCCCGAGUUUCAGCCAGGCCUGUUUCUGGCGUGGGAAAGCCUGCAUUUACUGUGCAGGGAAUCACAAGGUGUUUCCAGCUAGAUGUCCAUGCAGAGAAACAUUCCUGCAGAACAGAGAAAGGAUGCAAGUCUCUUCAAGCUGGGGCCCACACUUACAGCAGCCCCCGCCACGAAGGAGCUGACAGCAUCCUAACUCAUUCAGGGCUGCACAAAAGAGGCUUCAUUUGGAAGGGUGGGCAAAAGAUGUGUAAUAAAUUGGAAUUUUGUAGCAGUGCAGCAGAAUUUAAUUUGAGCGAGUCGAAUGAAAUGGCCUACUCAAGCAGCUAUUUAAACUAACCAACAGGGUUUGGUUGUCAGGAAUGCUAGAAAAGCAUUUUCUUCUUUUUUUGCUUUAUUUUUUUAUCAGCUAGAAGAAUGUGGCCUACGCAAUUCGAGUAGAGACUCUUAUUUGUCUCCCUACCUUAUCGAAGGGGAAGGCUGGCGCAGAUCAGAGAGGCAGGACCUGCCACCCCUGCCAGUUUAAAAGCAUUGUGUGUGUCCAUGUUCCACCCAUGUUCCCUCGUGUUCCAGUUUACAGUGUUGAUCCCAUCACUUCAGAGCACCUGAAAAUGUGCCAUUAGAACAGAGCUUUUGUUAUUGCAAACCAGUGCACUGUAUGAUAAAACAAUAAUGGAUAAGCUAAAUAUCAUACUGAGUACAACCCUGGCAGAAGGUUUGUCUUACCAUUCCAAAUGUGUCUUUAUUACCAUUUAUAAAUAAUUGACAGCCUUUUUAUUUAGGCUUUGUAACGGGGCAGCUUUCAAAGCAACUUGUUUGAAGUGAUAUUUUCAAGAAAUGUUCUCUACUUGCAAAGCUCAAGCUCUAGCCAUUCUUUUUUUUAGCAGCAUGGUGAAAAGGGAUUGUUGCAAGCAGCUAGCUGUGCUGCAGAUUUACCAAACGUCAAGGUCCUUUUUGUUAUUGGAGAUCUGGACGUCUCAAUUUGAUUUUAUGUGUGCAGGAAAGUGGGCUAGUGCAGUGUGUAUAGAAUGAACCAAUCAGCAUGCGGACCCAGGUCCCAACCUGAUGCUGGGGGGGCCAAUCAGCAUGCGGACCCAGGUCCCAACCUGAUUCUGGGGGGGCCAAUCAGCAUGCGGACCCAGGUC